GGUUUAGAUCUGUUGUGCUUGAGGAGAUAGAAGAGAGCCUGGUGCCUGCCCCUCUGGUUGCCGAUGGUGAAGUGGUGGUGGAGCAUGCGGUGCGGCAGUAUCACAGGGCGGCGGACAACGGCAAAGCACAGAUCAGGGGCGGAGGCCGCAGCAGGCAGAAGGGAUAGCUCCCCUCAGACGCCCGAGCUCUCAACGGGGAAUACGAAUCCCCAGGCGCCCGGAUGGAGUAAGAGGACUAGGAUUGGAUUAGCUGGCAGGAUGAGGAGGAAGUUGGUUCCGGCCAAGAGCAGCGUCGUGACGCUGGCUGUCGGCGGAGCAGUGUGGAGGCGCGGCACGGGGGAGGCUCGGCUGCUGCAUGCGCACAUGUACUGGCUGAAUCUCCGCCUGGCUGCCAUGGUCGAAGUUGUGGUCAAGCCUGUAUCUCUGCUGAAGGGGAGCCGACGGGUGCAUAGCAAGGGGGCUUGCAGCACGUACGGCUGCGUCAGCCCUGCGCGAUCGGCUCCGGCAGAAGCGAGCUCCGGCGCGCGAGGCGAAGGUGACCACCUUGUCGAGAUAGUCGGGGCAAGGGAUGGGUGGCAGCACUUCCUCAGGCUACGAGGAAGAAAAGUGAAUCUUUAGGAGCAAGGGUGUGUGCGGUCGAUACAGUGCAUGUAUAUAUUAAAAAAAUGUUCGCUGGAAGACACCGUUGGUGUGUAACGGCUGAGCCGUGGACCACGACGCUAGUGUCCAUCUGAGCCGGCUAGUGCUGGAUGAUGGACGUCCCAAUAAAUGCGGUUGGUGAGUGGGCCCUAGUCUGUGGAAAAGCAUCUCAUACUACU